AUGAUGAUCGUUGCCACCGACUACUUUACUAAAUGGAUUGAGGCUGAAACUCUAUCCUCUACUAAAAAAGCCGAUAUGGAGCAAUUCAUCUGGAGAAACAUCAUCUGCCGGUUUGGCAGCCUACAGUCUCUGGUUACCGACAAUGGCUCACAGUUCAUUGGCAAGCAUAUCACCGCAAAACAGUCACCCAUAAGAAGCGUCCUAAGGGAGAUGCAUGGCGACGACCAGAAGCGUCCUUCGAGAGACACAGUCCGUAAAGCAGCGUCUUAA